CCACCGGGAGGUUAUAAAAGCACCCACGCUGUGACUUGCUAGCCACCUUCCACGCACUUCCCGAUCAGGCAUCUCCCCCCGCGACCGUCCUCUGCGGCUUUUGUAGCAGUGGGUCAAACAACGACGCUAACACUGGAGCUGUAAAAUCAACAACGGGGGCUCCCGUUUAAAGCGCCUCAACAAGCUCACCAGCCAGCGCAGUGUGGUCACUUGCGACUUUCUCUGAAACAACUUUCGGAGAAGUGCAAAUUGAUAUACCAAAAACCACUGUCGCCGCCGCACAUCAACCAAAAAAAAUCUCCCCAAACAGAAGCAAAAUGGUGCAAAAUAAGAUAACCGAAGUCACUGGAUUCCACCGCUCGUUCAAGGGCCAAAAUCCCUUUGAAUCUGAUGACUUCACUAAAAAUGGAUCCCAUCUUAUUGACUCAUCUUUUAAUUUUGAUUCCUCCCCAAGACAUGACAUGCCUUCCAGCCAGCCUAUUGACAUCCCCGAUGCCAAGAAGAGAAACAAGAAGAAAAAGCGUUGCCGGGCAACAGACAGUUUCUCUGGACGAUUCGAGGAUGUCUACAGACUGCAGGAAGAAGUACUAGGAGAGGGAGCUUAUGCCAGAGUGCAAACAUGCAUCAACCUCAUAACCAACAAAGAAUAUGCUGUCAAGAUCAUCGAGAAAAGACCAGGUCACAGCCGCAGCCGUGUCUUUCGUGAGGUUGAGAUGCUUUAUCAGUGCCAGGGCCACAGUAACAUCCUGGAGCUGGUGGAGUUCUUUGAAGAGGAAGACAAAUUCUACCUGGUGUUUGAAAAGCUUAGAGGAGGGUCAAUAUUGGCACAGAUUCACAAGAGACGUCGAUUCAGUGAGCAGGAAGCCAGUGUUGUCGUGCAGGACAUUGCCAGUGCUCUAGACUUCCUGCAUAACAAGGGAAUGGCACAUAGAGACCUGAAACCUGAGAAUAUUCUCUGUGAGAGUGCAGACAAGAUUUCACCGGUCAAAAUCUGUGACUUUGACUUGGGCAGUGGGAUCAAGUUGAACAGCGACAGCUCACCCAUCUCCACCCCUGAGCUCCUCACUCCUUGUGGCUCUGCAGAGUACAUGGCACCUGAGGUGGUUGAGGCCUUCAGUGAAGAGGCCACAAUUUAUGACAAGCGCUGUGACCUGUGGAGCCUUGGGGUCAUCCUCUACAUCAUGCUGAGUGGCUACCCACCAUUCGUAGGCCGCUGUGGUGGUGACUGUGGCUGGGAAUUAGGGGAACCCUGCCACACUUGCCAGAACACUUUGUUUGAGAGCAUCCAGGAAGGAAAAUACGAGUUUCCAGAGAAAGACUGGGCUCACAUCUCCUCAAGUGCCAAAGAUCUAAUAUCCAAACUUCUUGUACGGGACGCCAAAAACCGCCUGAGUGCCAGCCAGGUGCUGCAGCACCCUUGGGUUCAGGGGGGUGCAUCUCAUACUUUGCCGACACCCAUUUUACAUCAAAGAACCAGCAACGCCAGAGAUCUGACCUUCUUUGCCGAUAAGGCCAUGGCUGUGAACCGGCAGCUGGCUGCACAAGAUGGCAUGGAAGAACAGCAGCAGCAGGAAGUCCCCUUUGUUGUUACCGCUACUGGCUCUUCUAUGCAACUCUCUCCUCCUUCCAACUCCAAGCUGGCCAGGCGCAGGCAGCGAAACAGCCAACCCAAGGGAGGGCCCGUCUCUGCUGCGGAGCUUCGUCAGCUCUUGGCCCCUCUUGUUAUUGUGGGGGACUGUGCCUGAACUUUGUCAACCCUGACCUCCGACCUUCCGUUAAGUUUCAAGUCCAGAUCUAAGACUACCCUGAGACUCUCCCUCUCCAGUUCUGGCCCCUCUCCCUCACUCUAGCUGGCCUUGGUUCCUCUGCCAUUCAGGCUUUCUUGCCUCGCUGUAAAGGGAGAUACUUCUUGCAGCCCUUUCUCUAAAUGCCUUCUGCCCUUCUGUAGCACUUCUGAAGCACAUCAGCCCAGGGCCUGCAUAUAGCAAACACACGCAAAUGUGCAUGUCAGGGUUUGGGAGGAGGGCCAUUUCAUGAUUUGGGGGAGAGCGAGAGAGAGAGAGAGAGAGAGAGGGAAGUAUUUUCUAAGUUAUGUCCUUUUUUUUUCAUAAAUCUCAGUUCAGAAGAAAUCAGAACACUUAUCUUGAGACUAAGCUCAGACACCAAAGGACAACCUGCUGUGCUGCUCCCACGUUACAACUGGAUCCACUGUGAAUUAAGUUGGAAUGUUCUCUUUGCCUGUAUGUAUACGCAUAAAUGGCCCAUCUGCAGAUACGUACAAGCUUAUGCAAUACGCCAAGAUGAAGGCUGUCCUGUCUCGAAGGGAUUCAGCAUAAGGGGUUGCAAGGGCUGUAAGCCAAUGCUGUCGGUGCCUGGUGUGGUCCAUUAUGUGGCUAGGGACUUCAAAGAUUUUUUUUUUUUUCUCUUUUCUGUCAUUUAAGAAAUUCCUCAAUACUGAGCCUCUUCUGUAAGUGUCUGAGAUCAAACACGCACUCAUCUAGCUUGGUGGCCAUGCACUUAAUGCUCUUGGAGCAAAGAAUGUUUGUCUGUACCCAGCCUGCCAUUACUUAUCUGUUGCACCGAUACAUACAGUUUAUUAUGUGAUCUUACAUGCUAAAUUAUAGGAGGACACACCUUUUCAUUGUUUAUGUGUGACAGUCAGGCAAGUCUAAUAGUAUUGAAUUAAACUAUUGCACUUGGGUUAUGAUGCAGGGCCACCUCUAAAUAAGACUUCUGCGUUAGCUCUGAAGUUUAACUGAUAUGUUGGUAUAAACUGGUGACGUUAAAUGGCUUGGCAAGUGAAAGUGGGUCAUUUACUUUCGUUGUAAAGAAUUCAUGAUGUGUCCCGCUGUGACAACCACAACUUGUAUUUUUUUUAAUUUUUUUUUUGUCCUUUCUACGAUCAAUUUAUGCAUUAGAUUUAACCUUGAAUAUUUUGUCAGUAAAGGUUAAAACUUCUAUCAGGGGUUUUGAAAAGCACAUUUUGGCCAAUGUGACCCAUGUGUCAUUUAUUGAUUUGAACACAUUCAUUUGGACCAUCAUCGUCUUCUUCAGGGGUUCACCAUCGUCUCGUUCUUGACGAGACACCCCAUUCAAAAUGGCGACAUUACAAGUUCUCAUUGCAAAGUAAGAGGGAGAAGAGUUUUUUGUUUUGUUUUUUUUUCAUAAAAGAAACAUUAAAAAAAAAGGAAAAACAUUCCACAAAAAGAAAAACAACAAAAAAAAGUCUUCCACAGAUGUGUAGCUGUAUUAAGUUUACUUCAUGUUUGAAAACUCCAUGUCAAUGUGCCACACUGAUUUUUUUUUUCUUUUCUUUUUUUCCAUUUUUAUGGCUGUUAAUAAGCUUUUAUUUUCUAUAAGGUGAUUUUCAUGCAGGUGCUGUUCAGUUCAGGUGAAACGCCGGAUGUUUUCCUUUAAGUUUUUUUUUUUUUUUAUGUUUUGUGUUUUUAAAAGUUCAGAGUAUGGUGUACAAGGUGAAAUGGACAGAGUUUAGUUGAGCUGGAGCGUUCGUGCCCAGUGAAGGCGAGUUUUUAAGUUGUUUUUUUUUUUUUUUUACGUGCAAGAGUCUGCAAUAAUCUUUUUUUUUUUUUCUGUUGUGUGUGUGUGUGUGUGUGUGUGUCGUUGUUGUUCUUUUUGUUCAGAUUAAGUUCAUUAAGCUCAUUUUGAAACUGACAGGUAAUGGACAGGUGAUGAGGUCUCACAACACUGUAGCCAUUUCACCAAAGAGGGUUCAAAGUCAUGAUAUUGAACACGCGAUCCAUCACCUAGCAGUGAGAAGUGGGGACUUCUGAUUGUCCACGUCUACUGUCGCCAGCACUGCAGUGACGGUACUCUGGAAAUGGCUCCCUUGGUGUCAAAGGACCCAUUAUGCUGAUAAUAUAGGACACUGUAAUAGUUCUAAAAUACCAUUCUACAGAUGCAUAGUUAUGGGGUUUUAUGUCUUAUAAUAAGACUUACUUGAAUUUGUGUAUGCAGCUGUUUCUUCUCCAUUUGGGAAACUCCUAUCGGUAAUCUCAAAAGCAUUAAGCUGAUGAUCAAGGCGAUCUUGGUUUUAAAUUUAACAAUACAGUUCAGUAUUCUGCCUUUUUCUCCCUUUUGAGCAUCAGACAAGUUAGUCCCUACUUUUUUGAUAGGGUUGGAUACUCAGAAACGCACAGACUUUGACCAUACUCUGUAAUAUACUGAAUGGUAUAGUAAGAGUUUUCUUGGUCAUGACCAUUUCUACUUUUGUCAAACGGCAGUAGCUUUGUUUGGACUGCCUUUUAUGGGGGUGGGAGGGGGGACAAAAUGAUAUCCUGAAGCCUCGCAAUUUUUUUUAAUAUUCCGAAGUCAUUUUGAAGUAAGGAAGUAUUAAUAUUCAGUUCAUGGAAAUGGGCAGUCCACCACCAUCAUCAGCCUCCUCACGAUUUGAAUGUAGCCCACAGGCAAGCAUUUACAAUCCAGCAACAUUGAUAAAAUGUUUAAUAAACUGUUCCAUUUCAUGGACGUGGUGUGGGGUUGUUCCGUCUAUGUUGAUAAAGUCCUCAGUCUUUUCGAGAGCUGACACCUGAUUUUAAUACUGUCCGAAUCACCCCAAGCCCAUUGUAGACAUGGGUAGUAAUUUGAAACAAAUACAUCUGUAAAGUAAAAAAAAAAAUAUUUUGAUUUAAAAUAAGCACUUUACUGUACCAUGUGAAUGAUUGCAGUUCACUCAAGGCAACAUUUCUGACAGUUGCUACAGAAUUUUGUAUUGUUUUUCUAAAAAAAAAAAUACAAUAAAAUGCUUUGAACUACA